GCGGGGGGGGUGGGGUGGGGAGGGAGAGGGAAGGAAAAGUUUAUCGAUCCGUUCUGCCAGUUUUUUUGUGUUGUUUGCCUCCCUCCUCUGAAGGCUGAGCCACGUCUUGGCAUCGCGCUUCCCCUCCGAUUUACCGAUCUUCGAGGGGAAUCGUGAGUUUAGGGUAGAAAUAAAUAAGCUCCAACUGACUUCUGGAGCAACAAAAGACGUUGCCAAGCGAGGACGAUAAAAUUCUGGGAUAUCUGCGGGUUGAAUUUCACUCUGUUCCGUGAUACCCACCGGACUUUCUGUUCUGGGUGUGGGGUUUUUGUUUGUUCCCCACGCAGAAACCUGCAGCAGGGUGAGCCCUGGGCUCUAAUGAGCCGCCCCCAAACGUGCUGUGACUCCUGUAAGUAUCUGAAUUGGAGCGUAAUAGUUUUGAAGUGGUGGCGAACAAAAAUCUGUAUGCUGUGUUAUUGAUCUGCUGAUGAAAGGCGUUUGGAUUUGAAAAGGGUUUAGUCUGGGGGGUUUUGUGUGCUUCAAGGUUUUUUGUGUUUUUUUUUUCCUUCUUCUUUUUUUUUUUUUUUUAAGGCAACAACAUUUUUCUGUUGUUGUUUCUGGAAUGACCUUGAGAGCUUUAAAACUACCCCAGUUUCCAGCGGUGGGUUUGAGGGGGAGGCAGCAGCAGAAGCACGCAGUGAAAAUCGAAAAUAGAAAUAGGAACCGAAGGAGGUGCAGUGAGAUGUUUUCUUAUAGAAGUAUGUGAAAAAGGAAGUUUUUGUAAGAAUGCGUGAAAAAAGAGGAGAGGGAAAUAACGCAGUUUCAGAUGCGGUUAGAAAGAGAACAUAUCAUUCUUCACAUUUUAUUAGGCCCUGAAAUGCAGCAGUGAUAUGAUCUGGAAGACACAGAACUCAAACGCCUGACUACAAGUUGAAUAGCAGGCAUUGACUUGCUGACCAGUGCUUCUAUGCUCGUGCUGGGGGGGCUGGUUUUGUGUCUGCAAAGGUAUCAGAGCUCGGUGCUAUGACAAUGGCUUGCAAAUGCUUAAACGCCAUGUUUUAUUGCUCUUAGGAGCUCUUAUUUACUGUAGGUUUGGGAAUACGGCUAAGGCUUUAAUUUGUGAUGUCCACACGAAGGUUUAAGCGUUUCCUUGGAUAAUGCAGAAGGACGGUUUUAAAUAAGUAGGAUAAACUGCAUUCUUUGGCAGGGGGAGGGCAGAGGGGAAGGGUGGAGGAGGUGUUUUUUCUUCCCCUUUAACUACUUCUGUAACAGAGUCAAUAUUUUAAGAUCCGUGGCAAGAAUGUGCCUUUGUGAUCACUAACCUUUCUGUGAUGUUUUUUUUUUUUUCUUAAAAAAGAGAAAUACUGUAAUUCUGUGCGAGGCGUCUGGGUUUUACAUCUGAACAGCUCGUGCUCGAGAGCAGCACUGAGUUUGGGAAUUCUGCCUUGAAGUUUUUGGAGUGAUGAAUAUGAAAAGAGAAUAACUUUAGAAACGUGGUUAUUACAGUGAUUAUUGAUUGGCUUGGCCCGCAGCCAAGCAACUCUUCUGCAUGCACCAGAGUUGCUGAUUUAAAUUCUGUAGGUUCCUUUAAAAUAUGUGGGUCUUCUUGAAUCGUUAAACGAUAUCUGGAGCUAUUUAAGAACAGUAGAUCAGCUUUUAGUUAAGGUUGUUCAAUUAUGUCUUCAUCGCUUUGGAGUUGGUUGAAUGACUUGACAUGAGAUUAAGCACAACAAAAGAAAAGGCAGGGGAACAACAGCUGCCUUCCAGUACCCGAGCAGCAGCGUUCUCAGAGGCUCAGCGUUUUACCUUCUAGUAUUAGGUGGUGUCAGGUUUAAAUGUUAAUAUUUAUAUGCGUAUUUACAAGAACCUCGGGCGUUCUGAUAACACAUCAGGCACCCGAGUGCUGGCUAUUCGUCUUUGGGGGUUGUUUGUCUCUUGCCUUUUUAGGAAAACUAUCUUAAGAUCUGAUAGUGAGGGGUGAAUUGAUCUCAUUAACUUUUCAGACAAAAGUAGCGAACAGUCACCACUAGUUUGUACUUGUUUAGUUACUGUGUGGUAAGAACUUUAAGGUGUGUCCUUAAUGGCAGUUGACGAUUCUUGCUGCGAAGCCUUGUUUAUUUUAGGUAGAUGUUUUAUACAGAAUUUCCAGUGGGACAAAUUACUCCACUGCCUGCACUCACCCUUUCUGAAGGCUGGCUGUGAGCAGAAGAGAAUAAUUCUACCGUGCUGCAAUCAGUAUGUAUUUUUAAAUUGAAGUCAUUAAGUUUUACUGUGUAUUUUGAGGCUUUUCCUACUUCCUUUGUUUAAACAUUCUCAAACAGUGCAUAUCAUACAUGAAUUUGAAGCAUUCAUAUGGCACUAUUGAGCUGAAUUUAAAUUUAAAAUGAGUACCUACAUUCUCGCUGAUCAAAAUAGAAAAAGUAUUUCUUUAAAUAAGUGGAUGUUUUCUGGUUUUGACUGUGGUGAGAGGCUAUAUUUGUAUCUUGUAAACAAAGUUUCACAUUAAGUAGUCUUUACAGAAUGGCUUCCAGGCUUUGGAUUAGAGGUGUUUUUUUCCCUUCAUUUUAAGGGAAUAUGUCUUUCUUUGUUUAGCUAGCAGCUGGGGGGGAACUUGAUGUAGGGUGGGGGCUAGGAAGAGGAAGCUAAUAAACCUUAGCACCUUUGUCAGGCCGUCUUACAAAAGGUUACUUCAUUUUGGUUUCCCCUUUCAUGAGAUCACAUUUAAAAAUUCCUUUUGAGUACUUCUAACCUUCAGAAAGUAUCUUCCCCUCACUGCUGAGCUUCCACUUAGAGCUGCGGUGAUAGAUCAGUAUCACAUUUUAAAUGAACGGGAACUGUGAGUUUCACUUGACUUUCAAAAUGGUGAUUACAAUAAGCUCUUAAUUACAAACUCUCAGAUUUUUUUUUUCCUCUGUAGCUAAGGAGCUCUGGGGAAAUGCUAAGUAAAUUUUAACUUCCCUUUGUUCUUUGGGACUCUUUUGUCCCAACUCUUUCAACCUGAAUCUUGAUAUGGAAUUCAUUGUCCUAGUAAAAGAUUCCAUGCACUGUAUAUGUAAAUACACUCCCUCUUUCCUGUGUUAUGAAAUGUGUAACUAGUACUGGCAUAUGGAAAGAACGGCCCCGGCCCCCCUUCCUUUCCCUAAGGUAAAAUGGGCUAAGCUUUCUUUUCUUUGCAAGCAGCUGAAAGAAGAGUUUGACCUUUGAACUCCCCCUCACACUUCCACACUGCUUUCAGGAUGAUUAAAUAACCGAGGAUAUUUGCCUGUGUCUUAUGCUUAUUUAUCUCACUUAAAAUGUUCCAAUACUUAACUGUUGAGGUAUUGUCUUUAAAUAUAGCAAGAUAGUGCAUUUCAGUUGCAGCAGGGCUGCCAUUUGCCAGCUCAGCCCUCUUAUUUUUGAGACUCUGGAUUUAGAACAUCAGCAUUCCAGUAAGAUAUUCUUUCCACAUCUCAUAAUUACAUUUAUUUCAAACUGUUACUGACUUUUAACAGGCUCUGGGUCAUUUCUGCUGACCCUUGACCCUCCUUUUUAAGGUAGCUCUAGUAACAAAAAAAGUUGAGAAGAGUUUUUCCUUCUGGAGCGUUAAUACGGGCGGGGGAUUGUGCUGACUACUGUAUGCAUGCUUUUAGAGAGAUGUGACUCAUACCACAGGAGAUUUGCAACUGAAGACAAAAGUAAGGAAAAGGAUAUGACCAAGCUAUGUAAGAUCCUCAUUGCGUUGUAUUUUAAUUAAAAAACAAACCAAGAAAAUGCUUUCCUAAGCUAACUUUGCCUAUUUUUUUCAUCUACCUCCAAAAUUAAGGCUACUCUGACAACGGUUUGAUUGUUUUUAACUUUUUCAGGGAAAUUCCCAAAUAAUCUUGUUUUAUUGCUUUUAUUGUUUUUAUUCUUCUGCCAAACAAGAGGAAAAUAUAUUAACUUCUAUUGCUAUGUUCUGACCACUAAGAUUGCAACUCGUAGUUAAUAGAUUAGUUGCUUUUGCGAUUCUUCCUCCUCUUUUGUAUUUUUUUUUUCUUUCUGGGGCAGGGGAGGGGGGACAGGAAAACUAUGUGCUGUGACAGGGACAGACAUGAAAUUACAAAGUAAACCAAUGUAGGUGCUGAGGAAAAUGAGGUAUAAAUCAAAAAUCUGAGACAUACAUUGUUUGUGCAUACAAUGUCUGAGUUCACUGCAGAAGCUUGAAUUGUUUAUCUGACUGCCUUGAGAAUUUCAAAAGAAAGUACAAGAGGAAAUGUGGUUAGAAUACGCAGGAAAAUCUAUGUAGUGCUGCCUGACUUAAAGAUUUGAGCAGAAACUCGUCCAAGUGAGUAACUGACUGGAUAGGGAUUUUCUACACUCUAAAGAUUUUAUGCAGCUGAAAGUAUCAAAGUCUGAAUUUGUUUAUGUGCAAUGAGUGUACUUGCAUUUUUCUGUGUAAUAGAGUGCAGUGUAGUUUGCCUCUGACAUAACUACUGAAGAAGGGAUAUGAAGUCCCUUGUGCUUACACUUCAUUGCAGCGGUAAAUGGGGCUGAUGAGGUGAAGUCUUUGGUCAGCUUCGUUCUGCUGGGUAGACAGGAAGAAGCAAACUAGAUGUGCUCCAAAGACUACGGUGUGUAAUACCAUUGGGAGAAUGGAUAUAAAGGUGGUCCAGAUAAGCCACAGCUUCUGUUUAGCUUUAAUGUUUGUUUCUAACCUUUUACUAGCUGCUAAAAACAAACAAACAAACAAAAAAAAACCAACAUACAAAACUUUUGCCUAUUUCCUCUCUUUGGAGAGGUCCAUAUCUUGUACGUGCUGGCUUUGCUUUCUAGGAUGAUCCUUGAGGUCCCUUCCAACCUGAGUAAUUCUAUGAUUCUAUAGUUUGAAGCCAUGUGUUGGUCAUCACAUGCAUCCCUUCAGUCUUAAUGGAGGAUAAUUAAGGUAAUGCCAGGCAAUUAAAACUUUCUGAAUCUCUAUCAACUGGCACUGGUUUCUGGAAGAGCUCCCACCUGCAUGGAAGAAAUGUGUAUUUCAAGCACAUUGCUAUUUUUGUAUCUUCAGAUUUUAGGCCAGGGAAGGGCUUAGUAGAAGUAAAUGUCUUUCCACCAGACUGUGUGCAUUUUUCCAUCUUUCAGGACUGAUUUCUGCCAAUACGUAAUUGUGGGUAUGUUUGAAAGUGGCAGCUUCAAAGUCACUGCUCUGCAGAGGUGGGGAGGUAGGGGGGGAUAGGAAGCUGCUGCUUUUUCUGCCAGCACACCACUAUGUUGGUAAGAGUUGGAUUCAGAGUUGAAAUCAGGUGAGAAGGCAAGGGAAGAUGAAUAUCCUGAACAAAGUGAACUCUUCUCCUCUCCAAUUCAGGAAUAGCGAAGAAUCUCUUUUCCUGUUAUUUCACUUAUGCUGCCCAAAGGGAUGCAACUUCCCCAUAAUUGCUACAGAGGAACUCCUGCCUCUUGAGUAAUAAGAAAUUAAGUUUAAUUUGGUAAACUCCAAGUUUACCACUUCUUUGUAGUGGUGGCUGUUGGGGAGAUCUAACAUCCCUCUGCCAAAAGAUGUCAGGGAAGGGGGGGGGAGGAGAGAAUAAUCUAAUUUGCUGUUAAGGUCGCUGAAAAUAUCCUCUUUCAAAUAGAAACCAAGACUAAACAUGAGGCAGUUUAUGUAAGGUGAAACUGAUUCAACAGUAAAAAUGUAUCACUCACUUCACCAAGAGUCUUUACCUGUUGUGGAGAGAACAAUAAACUGUUUUGUAAGGUAAGGGGUCACUGCCAGUUUAAGAGCACGUAACUUCUUGAUUUAAUGAAGUUGCAUCAUCUUAUAGCAGUGGUGAAACUUGUCCCAGACUUAUUUGGAAUAGAAUUGCUCUUGUCUUUCAGCCUUUCCACAACAGGUGUUGGCUCCUUCUUAGUGUCUACAGUCAGCUUUGGUUUUGUGGUCCCUGAGAAAUUCUCUCCUACUCAGAGUGGGGGAGGGGGGGAAGGGAGAAAUCUGGAAAAUCUGUUGGAGCAAUGCUUCUGAACUUUAAAAGGCAAUACUUACUUGUAGCACUUCCUCCUUUAAUGCCAGGAAUUAGUCUCUUUUAUAUUUACUCUUGCUCAGUGGAAGAAAAACAUGUGCAAAGUGAUGCAAGCUUAUAUGUUUUCUGCUUUGAAAGGAAUAAUUACAUCUUUUGAUAGAAGAGGCAUACAGUUCACUGAGGAGACGUGUUCAUCUUAUCCAUCCUCUGCCAAAACAGACACACAGCCUUAAAGAAAAAGGGACUCUGCAGGAAAAGGUUUUUUAGAGAAAGGAUAUCCUUUGUUUCUAUCAGUAUAGAUGUCUGAAAUGGGGGCAGGGAGUUUUCCUAAUAUUGUUCAUUAUUAACUGCUAGUUAUUUUCCACUGGUAAUUAAAUUCCUGGAGGAAAGUGAUUUGCAUAUUUGUCUGUCUUAUCUGACUACAAAAGAGCUUUAAUACAAAAUCUUUCUGAAGUGUGUGUGGAGAAGUGCCUGGAUAAUAACACUCCUGCACUCUGGUGUAUGUCUGUUUCUUCAGAUCUGUUUUUAUGAAUUGUCUCAGUUGCACUGCGUUGGAAAACUCUGUAGCUGCAUUGCAAGGAUCUGUAAUGGAGGAGAAACAAAAUAGCCUCUCUUCUAGAGGAUAAAAAGAAACUCUGACAACCUCUCUAAGAAUCGAGGUUUAGAAUAACUUUGAAAACUUCAGGCCUGAAAGAUGAAGACUAACAAGGGGCCUUGAGGAUGUGCAGCAUUUAGGGAGUGGAAAUUCCAAUUUGGGGUCAUCUUUUAUGUUCUCUUUUCAACCUGAACAUCUUUGUUUUGAUCUUUUCCUGCAACUGAAACAAACCAACUCUCUUCCUCCCCUUCCUCCCCCUAGAUCUCCAUUUCCUUUAUAAGUUCUCAUGCUAGUUCUUUAUCUGAAUGAACUAUUAACAAACUUCUAUUUAAAAUUUUUUCUAUUUCAACACAUAGCAGAAAAAAUAUGUGGAUGAGAAGCUACAUUAGGUGCACUCAUGGUACUCUGUUAACACAGAAACAAACUGGGAAGUUGUUAAAUCAUUUACAGUCCAAAAGUUGAAGGGAGUUGCUCUUCCCUUCCCUAGAAGGCAACAGGACUCACAGUAAUGAAGAGUCAGUUACUGGCUUCCUAUAGAGUUAUGAAGAAAAGCUGACUACUGCCAUUCUGCAAAAUGAAGCUUUCUAUGCCUGUGUUAUAGCUUCCCAGUGCUCAGCUCAAGUCACUUGCAGGUGGACACUGGUGCAUUUCAGAAAUAAGGUCUCAAUUCAUUGAGCAAGUAAUGUGUUCCCUAGGUUCAGGGGCUGCAGUUCCUUAAAUUGGGACAGGAAGACACCUUAAUGUGUGAGAUGUGACGUGUGCCUUUCUUAGAAAACACCUAAAGGAGAUUGUGUGUUAGACAUGUAUAAAUCCAGAGACACAUAUAAAUCCAGAAUCAAGCUUGAAAUUUCAUGUUCUGGGUAUCUGAUAAUUUGACUGAUGUUUUGAAGCAAUGGGUGGAUUAGAACCUCACAACAUCGUCUUGCUUUGCGUUCUGACUGAACGUGGGAGAUGUGAACACAUGGCACAGCAGUGCUGUUAACACAGAGCUGUUGUCACUGCUGGGUUCUGUGAAUGCUGUACACAACCUUAGGACUCUGUAGGCUCUAUCUUGAGAGUCUGCAGCUCCUGAAUGUUAUUAGUAGCCACUUGGGGAUGGUAAUUCUACCUAGUAUCCUCUGUGCAUGCCAGGUGUGGUAGAACUGCCUUAACUUUGUGCACUGAGAGAGGGGGGGAAAGUGCUAAAUAAAAUAACCGAGUCUGAACUUAUUUUUUCCUUUAAAAAGAAACAAUCUGAUGCAUUUAUACAUGAGCUAUUCCAUGAUGUAUUGCCCCUGGAUGUAGCUGUGCCCAGCUGAAAUACAUAAGCCCUAUAAGUUGUUUUUGAUUUGCUGGCAAAGUGAGGAUGUCUCAAUAAGGAAAAAGUGAUGUUAAUUACUCUGUAUAUGUUCACAAGGCAGAAUGGGAGCAACUAUUCUGCAAAAGCAAAACCUGUAGGUAGAAAUACAAAAGGUGCUUCAGUAAGUUGGCAGUGGUUUCCCAUUAACCAGCAGCAGAGUGAGAUCUUUCAUUAGCAGUGUUGAAGAGGAGGAACCUAUUCUGAGUACAAACGCACUGAGAGGCAAACGUUUGAGGCUGAGUAUCUUUAUCCUCCUGAAACAUCCUGAAAUGUGGGGAAGAACUGAAGGAAUAUGUUGAAAAUAAGUGGAGAAAGAAAUAUGGUUACAGAAACAAACAAAGGCAGCUAAACUGCAGCAACUGGCUCCCUGAGAUUUUGGGAUGGAAAUACGUUCCUGACGGUGGGCUAUGUGGGUCUGUGGAGCUUCCAUGGGGCACUGAAAGAAACCCUGGAAGAAACCACUGGGAACCAGUGACAGCUUGCUGCUGGCCUUGGGUUAGGGGUCUGUUAUGGGGUGGCUGUCUGAGUGCAUCUUGUGCAGGAUGUACAAAAGUAACUUAUCACUUAGUUGUAACUCUCUUCUAGUUUUCUCACUUCUGUUUUUAAGAAACUGUUGCAGGAACUAGGUGAACUUCUGUAAUUGUUCCAGUUAGCUUUUUACAGUUGAACAACUGUUAUUUCUGCCAGCACACAGCUAGUGAGGUGUAGUUGUUUUUCCUGCUCCCAGCUAUGCAGCUCUCAGUCCCAGUGCUCCGUGGUGUCUGAAAUGAGAAGUUCAGUGGCUGGACUUUGCUAUUCUCAGAAAGGUGUGUCUAGAAUUUUUAUUACAUAUUCAUGGAAAUUUUGAAAUGCAGGAAGUAGAAAUGCAAUAAAAUUACUACUGAUAGGUCAUUUCCCAAAGAAAUGUUUGAGACUGCAACAUGUAGUUUUCAGUUGUGUAAUUUAAUGAAAGUAAAUUAAACUUCUCUACAGGCACUUAAUUAAAACUUAGUCUGUUCUAAUAAUCUAUUUAUAUGCAACAGCUUUUUGGUGUGGUUAUCAGGUUGUAUGGCAAGCAUGAUGAAAACAAGAUGUUCUCACUGUUGAGUUCAAAUUUUUUAUAUAUGUUUUGUGGUGUUCGUAAAUAUAAUGGAUAUUGCUGUGAACACAUUGAAGUAUUUGAUUAAAGACCACAUGGUCAAAUAUGACUUUUGUGAACUGAAGCUUGCGAGGCACUCUGGGCUGCCAGAAGGAUGGAGUUCAGGCAGUGUUGUUAGUUGAGAAGAGAUGUCACUUCUGGCAGUGACCCCACAGGAGGUGUCUGCAGGAUCCCCGUGCUCACUGCUGGGGAUGCCUGUUGUUGUCCACAAAUGGUGAAGAGGGAAGUCGGAAGGCUGAAUGUGAACUCACCGAAAUGUGGAGAAUCAUCCUCUAUUUUCAACUUUAAGGUUAAUCUGUGGCAAACUUACAGCUUUCUCUUCAGAUGUUGGAAGGAAGUGUUUCCUGUUUUAGUCUGCUGUUUUGCUUAAGGUCUCUGGCUGUCUAUUACUGGUGUUGUCCUGUUCUUCUUUUCAUCCCUCCCUUUUUGUCUCCUGAAAGUGAAAGAUGCCAGAAGCUGCCCCAGGUACUGUGUGUUUGUGGGUUUUUUUGCCAGUAUAUAGACUUUAAGGCACAGGUGGUUACAGUGCUCUUCCAAACUACAGGUUAUCUGCUUUCCCAAGUAAGCAAUAAUACAAAAUUAUAGCAACUGUCGCUGUUUUACUGUUACCUACAGUGUUUUGAAGAACAGGAAUGUAAUUAAUCAGCACUUCUGGUCCUCAGGUCCAAAGUAUAAUAUUAUCUUCACUAGGAAAAAGGUUGUUUUCUCUUUAAACAAUGGAUAAAAUCCUAGUGCAGAUACUUUGUUUAGACUAGCUAAUAUAUGCUUAAACUAUAAACUGUAAGUGUAAAAUCAUGCCCCACUUUAGAAAGCUGUUUGUCUAAUCACAGUGAAGUAUGAAAUAAGACUGCAGUUUUCCAGCUUGUUUUCUGACAUUAAUAGUAGUAUCUAAAUGCAUUCGCAGUUUUCUUCAGGAAUUCUACCUGCAAGAUUUCCUUUUUAAAUCCGUAGAUGCUAUCUCUUGUACAGAAUAACAUUUCCAAGAAAAAUAAUUGCCUGAAUUGCAGAUAGGCCUUCUAGGUUCCAAGCCAGGAAUAUUUUGCUCUGCUUUGCAGUGCUGCCUAGAGGGUGAGCUGUGACCAGUCCUUCACAACUGCUGAGACCCUCCUAUUAAAAACAGCAAAAGCCUGAAAAAUAUUCAGCAGCCAGCACAGGUUGGUGGGUGUGUACUCAGCUUCGGAGUGCUGUGGGAGGAUACUCCAAAGGAUUAAUUAAAAUCUAUUGAUACCCAAUAAAUUCAGACUAUUACGAUUUACAAUUGUGUAAAACUCUUCUCACAGUCCAUGUGCAAGCUAUAUGCUGGGUAUUUAUACAUGCAGUUGUAGGGUCAGGUUUGUUUUUUUUUUUAGACAGUUAAGUAAUUUUUCUACUUUGAUGCAUUGAAAUGAGGUGAUGUUGAAGUAGACCAACUUCUCCCCUCAUCUCAGGAUGCUGAAAUAUUGGUCCUCAUAGGGUGAGAGAUGGUGUGGAUUUCUGAUGUUCUUCAUCUGUGUUUUCUCCACAAUGACAUCUCUUCUGUUGCUCUGUUUAUGUCACAAUGCUGCAGGGUGGGGAGUGUAGCAGGGUGGCAAUUGCUGUGUUCUUGGGCAGGAGUGAGGAUAUAACUGAUGGAUCUCAGCAGUUCAGUGCGUGGGACUGGGGGCACUUCCUUCCCAGCAGUGCCUGUGACCUUUGUGGGGUUUGGUUCUUAUCUACUACUGCAGAGUAUUUACCUGUGUAGGCAAAAGUAAAUAUGUUAAACUCUGUGCUGGAGUUCUUUGUGGCACUGAACUUGCCCUCGAGUACAUUUUGCCCAAUGCAACUAUCUUAAGUUUUUUACAGAAAAACUAAGUGUGACUGACUGUUUCUGCAGACUUGAAAAAUCAGAAGAAAUAGUUCAAGAAACCUCAUUCGUGUCGCUGAGAGAAGCAGUGGAUGCACUUUCAGUGAUGUGUUAACACAGGUAAAAAUGGAAAAGAAAUAAUCUUUUGCUGCUGGAAAAAAGUCUUUUUCUUGGCAGAAGAUUUGAACUUAGCAGACUUGCAAGCACAUGUUGGAGAACUUUACAAGUGUCCUUAUCGUGAUCAGUGAACAUCCCCCAAAGAACUGAAACCUUCCAUUAAAACACGUAAUAGGGAACAGAACGUAGGAAACAUGCCAACUCAGCCUCUCUUGGCAUACAUGGAUGGACUGGAUGGAAUAGCCAGUACUGUUGGUGCACAGAUGGAGAAUAAUGAUGCCUCAAUGACAAUAAAAGGAACAAAUACCAUUUCUUACAAAAGCUUGCAAGAAAAAUUUCUUAUGCAAGCUGAAGGAUGUAUGCCUCUGGACUGCAUGUUUUGUGAUGAGACUUUUAAGCAUCCUGAAGAACUUGGAAAGCAUGUUUUAACUCAGCAUAGGCCUACUCUUUGUGAACCAGCUGUCCUGCGUGUUGAAGCAGAGUAUCUUAGUCCUCUAGAUAAAUGUCAAGUAAGAACUAACUUGCCUUCACCAAACAAUGACAAGGACAGUGAAGAACUUAGUUGUGAAGUUUGUGGACAAACGUUUGAUGAGGCUUUUGAUGUUGAAGCACAUAUGAAAAAGCAUAAAGAUUCUUUCACAUAUUGGUGUAAUGUAUGUGGAAGAAGAUUUAAAGAGCCAUGGUUCCUCAAAAAUCACAUGAGAACACAUACUGGGAAGCCUGGUUCUAGAAACAAGCUUCAACAAGGUUCUGAAAGCCCCAUCACAAUAAAUGAGGUGGUGCAGGAGCAUAUAACUGAAAAUGUAACAUCGCCUUACAAAAUUUGUAUGGUUUGUGGCUUCCUAUUUCUCAAUAAAGAGACUCUACUUGAGCACAGUAAAGUGCACACCAAAGAAUCAGUACCCAAUGGCGAAAGCCCCCAGGUGACUGAUGAUCCUGAUCUAGAAGAAACAUCUCACAGAGAAGAGUUUUUGCGAUUUUUGAAAUUAAGACCAAAAGUGGUUCUGGAAAAUGACAAAUCACAAAAACCUGUGAAAUGGAUUGCUGAGCUGGAUCCGUUCAACACAUAUCAAGCAUGGCAGCUGGCUACCAAAGGCAAAGUUGCAAUUGGCCAUGGCCAAACUAAAGAAUCAGGACAAGAAGGAAGUACAGACAAUGAUGAUUCAUGUUCUGAUAAAGAAGAACUUGGUGAAAUUUGGAAUGCAAAUAAAGGUAGCCAGACUGAAACUACAGGGAAGUCAAAAGUAAACAAAAACAGCAGUUAUACAGGGAAUAGUAACUUAUACCGACACAAAUUGAAACAUCCCAACAGUGAAGUGCCUUCUAUGGAGAUGGAUUCUAAAUUGUCCCAGAACAAAGAGAAACCAACACACUGUUCAGAGUGUGGCAAAGCCUUCAGAACAUACCACCAGCUAGUCCUUCAUUCUAGAGUGCAUAAGAGAGACAGGAGGACAGAUGGGGAGACUUCAGCUGCUUCAAGGUCGUGCUGUACUGAUAUAAUUGCAAGCCUAGAUGAAAAUGGAACAGUAGAGCGAGUGGAAGGAGGAUCUGAAGAUGGGUCCGAAGAUGGGCUUCCAGAAACACUGAAUUUAGAUAAAAAUGAAGAUGUUUUGGAAAGAGCAAAAGUUAAAAAUCUUGGAGCCUCCAGAGAAUGCAGCUAUUGUGGAAAGUAUUUUCGCUCAAAUUAUUACCUCAAUAUUCAUCUCAGAACUCAUACAGGUGAAAAACCAUACAAAUGUGAAUUCUGUGAGUAUGCAGCAGCACAGAAAACUUCACUGAGGUAUCAUUUAGAGAGGCAUCACAAGGACAAGCAAGCUGAUAGUGCAGCAGAUGUGAAAGGUGACAGCAAAGCUUCAUUGCAGAGUCAGGAGACGGAGCUGUUUCUGGUUGCUGAUGGUGCUCAAGAAACCAAAAAUUUGAAGAGGCUUUUUGAUGGUGCCAAAGAUGCUGAGGGCUGCCCACCCACAAAGCAGCAAAAGGAAAUCCUGGCCUUGAAUAAUGCAACAGGCAGCACAGUCCUUGUAAGAAUGAAAAAUGAUUCUAGGGAAUCGAUCAAACGUUCAGUUUGUAACAAUUUGAAUCAAAUGCAUGAGAAUGUGUCCACUCCUUACUUGGAAAAACUAAAGUCUGAGAAGGAAACAAAGGAAGUUCAGCCCAGUGCUUCGCAUAAAAGAGAGAGAGAGGCUUCUGUGGAAUCAGAGGGAGAUGAUGUCCAGUAUGUUUGUGCUUUUAAGGAUGGAAAAAAUACAACUGAUGUACGAGAGUGCUGUGAGAACUCCAAACACAAACAUAUGGUGGAUGCUCAAGAAAUGCCCUUGAACUUAUCUAUUGGGACUUCACAAGAAUGUUCAGUGAUUUCAACUACUAGAGGCCUAGUACCCAGCACCUGCCCAUUUUGUACUUACAGAACAUUCUACCCAGAAGUCCUAAUGAUGCACCAGAGGCUGAUGCACAAAUAUAACCCUGACACCGUUAACAAAAACGGCUAUAGAAACAAGGCUCUAGCUAAAGCCAGACGCACUGGAUGCCCUCCCGCUCUGCUUGGUAAAGAUGUGCUUCCUCUGUCUUUUAAUCCUAAUAAAAGUAAGGCCUCCCCAUCUAUUCCACAAAAACUGUUGCAAACGGGGAAAUCCAAGCAGUGUCACCCUCCCCAGAACAAAGUCUCUCUUUUUGCAAUGGCUGAUUCAAGCAGCACAGCCCCGAGUAACCUCAAGUUUCAUAAACAGCAAAGUAGUAUUGGAGCUCAGGCAAAUAAUUAUAGACAACCUCAGCAAGAAAUGCACUCCAGUUCCAGUGGCUCUCCAGUACUGGACAGAGUAAAAAGAACUGAAUCUAAAAUGAAAGCUCUGAAUGUCACAAUGUCUCAGUCUGGUGUAGUGAGCAGCAGUAUGAAUGGGGCUCUUGACUCUCACCUAAACGAAUCUGCCUGGUCUUGUCAUCGAGGAAGAGACUAUCUUUGUAGUAAAUCUGUGGGCAAUGCAAAUCUAGAAUUUGGUGAAACAUCAUCUAAAAGAAUGAAACAUAGUGUGGUAGUUAUUGAACAAAGUGACUGUGCAGUGGCUAAUUACAGAAGAUAUGAAACGAGCAGAUUUCGUGUUGCAAACAGAUAUGCAAAUCUGCUACCUCAGGAAUGUUCUCGCACCAAACCUGCAUCCUCUGUUUUGCCAACCAAACAAGGGCUUCUGAAUUCGGAUGAUGCUGAUCCUCCUAAAGUACUGACUGUUCUCAAACCUUAUGAGCCAUAUAGCUCUGGAUCACUUUACAGUUCUUGUGGAUCUAGCAAUGGCCAAGUCACCAGCUCAACAGUAGAAGGAAAAAGAUCAGUGUCAUACCAACACUUAUCUAGCAGUGUGCUGCAAAAGCGAAGUUAUGAGAGUUUCAUUGGCAAUGCACGCUUUCGACCAAGUGACAAGAAGACUUGAUGGUUUACUUCAGGAAACGGUCUUAAGGACACAAGUGCAUGUUCUAUGGAGUUAUACCUGCAGUUCAUCCCUUGAGGAAAAUGAAUGGUGAAAGCUACUGAACUAAGCUGUGAUUGUACUGUAUAUAAAAACACUACAGUUCUAUAAUAUUGGUUCUGUUAACAUUUAAUACCAAAUAGCCAUAAAAGGUAGUCUAAACAAUUGGGUUAUGAAGGUGUGUGGGGAAUGUACGUCUUGACAUUGACUUGGAGUAUUUUUCAUUAGAAUUAAUUGACCAAAUAUUAGGUAGGAAUUAUAUUUUUACAUACUUGAGCGCUGCUGAAAAGAGUUUCUUUGAAAGAAUAUAUAGUCCUUGCACCUCAGGUAAACUGUAAAUACAGAAGUUGAAAUCCUGUUGGUUUAAUGCUCCUUUUUCAUAAAGGUGAAAGUUUCUCAUAUGUUGUUUUUCCUGUUUAACUAUGUUAGUUUCUCAAAACAACUUCCAAAUAAACUGUCUGAAACUGUCCAGUUCAUAAAUGUUGUGAACAUCAAAGCAGUGGUGCUGACAUCAUGCUGAUCUGCCUUGUAUAUGCUAAGAUCAUACUGUGUACUUCCAGAAGAAGUACAGGGAUCUGUUCUUCUGGAGUUGUUUCCAGCUUUUUUCAAAAGCAUGGAUGAGGUGAUACUUGACAUUUGAGUCUGUCAGUGUGGUGUUCCUAAAAUAUGGUUGGAUUCUUGGUUUGGCAUUGGUUGCUGUUGUUCAGAGAAGUUUCUUAAAUGAGCCUCUAUAGCAGAAAAUACUUAGGACUUGCAUGAGACACGAUACUAAUCAAAUUUCUCAAAUGUUUAGUUUUCUACUAAACUGCAUUUAGAGGAAAACUACUUUGCACCUUUGUCCAAACUAUACAGUCAGAAACAGGCUUGCAAUAUGAAUACAGGAUCCACAGACUUCAAAAAGGGAUGUGGCUAUGUUGUGGCCUGCUUGACUCUGCUUGAAAGCUUCUUAAUGUUGGUUUUUAGCAUCUGCUGGAUGUUUAAACAGAGUAAGGAAUAAACUGUUAAUGGGAGAAUAUCUCCUUUUAUUUUUUUGUGAAGACAACAAGAGUUUUUUCUAAUGCACAUGCAGUUUAUUUUUUGUAAAGGGAAGAUGGCCAGUUACCAGCCAGUAAAGCAGAACUGUUGUGUAUUUUGACCUUCAUUCCUAGUUACUUCUCAUAAAGCCUGUAGUAAAGAGUUAAUUUCUUCUGUAUCUGGCUUUGACUUCCAUAUAUUUUUACUAAAACAAACAAACAAAAAAAAGAAUUUGCACUGCUUGUUUUGCUCUCUUCCCUCAAAUAGCAAAAUGUAAAAUAGCAAAACCUAGAAACUCUUGUCUUUUCAUUAUGCAACUUGAGAUGUUCCAGUUGUAUGUCUUAGUUCCUGAAUAUGGGACCUUAUUUUAACGUCUCUGUAAACUGGCAAUGUAAUGAAGUGCUGUGUAUCAGGAAAUUGUACACUAUUUACCUUUCUUCUGUUCAUAAGCUGAGCCAUAUGUACAUAAUCUAGAUUUGUUUUCCUAGUUUUGCACUUUUAUAGCCUAUUUUUUGAAGACUGAUUCACUUGGAAAAUGGUUAAUCUAUUUUUUUGCGUGAUCUUUCCAAUGAGUCUUAUAGAAUGCAUGCUGUAACUAUCAUCUAUGUACCUUACAAGGUUCUGUGGUUAAAACACGUACAGGGCUGUAUUAAGAUGUCUAAGUAAAAAGACCUAAGAUGUUUUUAAUCUCUCUUCAUGCUGGUACAGUUUUCUUCAAGAUUUUUUUGGUAGAGAUCUUGAGGGUUAAAUGGAAAAAUGACCAUGAAGACUUAUUUCAUGGCAGCACAGCCCUGUACUUCAGAAUACACUUUGCCCAUCAGUAUUAACUAUUGGGAUACUACUGGUUUUGUAUGAUUCUUUGGAGGUAACAGUGCAUAUAUAGAGGUACAAAUUGUUGAUUUUUUUUUUCUUUCUAUGUAUUUAUUUCAUUCCAUUUUGUUUUAAUUGUUGAAACCGGAAGUUGUCAAGCAGUAGGAACACAUUACUCAUUUAAUUUAUAAUGUAUUUCACUUUAGUUGAGUAUAUUAUUACAUGUGGAUGUAAAUAUAGACUUGGUGUUUUGCAAAACUGGUUUCUGUGUCUUGCUUUUAAAGGUUGAAAUUAGCUGGCUGGAAUUUCAUAUUCCUUUGACUUUUCCAUCAUAUUCAGACCCCCAUGGGAGGGGGAGAAGGAGGACCUGCCAGUAACCAAACCCAAACUCCUGUCCGUUCAGUUGCUCUCAUGAAAAUACUGAGUCACUUCCCAGAAAAUCUGGCUGCAGCAUAGAGAACUCUUAAAAUAAUGAAGAAACCUUUUGUUUCUUCCCUUUGAAGGAAAACAACGAAAGAGAAGAAAUGGAGUUUUUGUAUGCAUUCAUUAUAGUAAUAAGUGGUGAGGGUAUUAAAACUUCUUAAGCAAUUUUUUUUUAAGCUUUAGAAUUUGUAAGGGCUUAAGUGUUCUGGAAAGAAAUAAUUCUGGGUCUGACGUGUUCUUGGAAGCUGAGUAAGAUGUCAUACCUCAGUAACACUGCUGACAACAUCUGAAAACCAGAUUGAACUUGGGGGUGAGACAGCUGGAAAACGCUUGUCAAAGGCAAUUUGUCCUGAAGAGAGCUCAUCAGAUAGGCUCCCCUUUAUAAAGAUAGGCUCCCCUUUAUAAACAAACUUCAUUUGAGGGCACCUAUCUGUCUGACCAGUGCCUUGCUGGCCUCACAGUUGGAGCUUUUGAGUCUUGUGUUGGAACUGGCACUUGUGGCUGUGGUCAAGUUUGUAGAGAGAGCCUAGACUAAUUCCUUGACUUGGUGAAAGCAUUGCUGGUGGGCAGAACAAGAACUUCAAAGUGUGUUCCUAACAAAACUGUCAUCUGUGGAUUGCUUUGAAAAUGGUGAGUUCUGUCUGUGGUGUACAAAAGAGGACUCGUGGAGUCUGGCUUUUAACGGCGUUCAACUGGGCUUAGGGUAACACUGCUGCUGAGAAAUUUCUGAGCAUUUCUGAGCAGUGCUGAAGGAAGUGUGGUGGAGGGGGGAGUGCAAGCACAGAUUACCAUUAACUGGUUUUCCUUUGGUGUUCCAAAUAUGCCUUCGUUCCCUGUUAGUUUCAGGUAAGCUUUUAGGUAUCAGAUGCCUACCAUUUUGUGAACUACCCCAGAUGCCAAAUGGAAAGUAAAACUUGAGAGCAAAUCUCACUUCUUGCCUGAGCAGGGGAUCUCUUAAAGAUAUGGAACUGAUACAAGGAUAGAAGAUUCAGCACUCAUUUUUGCUUCAAGUCUGUUUCAUCUUCAAAUGGUGAGGGAUUUUGGAGACUUUUCCAGUGUUACUAUGCUUCAUUUGUUUAUGACAAGUGAACAACUUCAGUGCUGCUAAAACAUUUCCUCAUUCCUUUGAGAUGUUACUCCCAGUGUAAGUUGGAUUAAUUGAAAGAUUGAGACUCUUUUUGGGGGAGCGAAGGCCAAAACAGUCAAAAAAGAGAUGGUGAGUAAAUCCAGAGAGUAUUCUCACUACUGGUGUUGAUUAAAGCUGCUCUAGUUGAGGGGCUGCAGAGUAGUGCUUCUGAUUGAAUGGUCUGCUCUCAUUUCUGUCCUUGUGCCAUGGAAAAUCUCAUGGUAGCUGGUUUGUAUGUUAACCUGCUUAGUGCUCUGGUUUUCUCCAAGCAGUUACUAGAGGACUUUAGCUACUGUCUAAAAUGCUGGAAUGCAUAACUGAGAAAUGGUGUUUUUCUUCAGUAUAACCUGUCCAGAUUGGCUGGGCGGUAGCUCUAAUUAUAAAUGUAUGAGGGACUUUCCUUCUCUACUUUUAACGAGUUAACAGUAAAAAUACACUCAGACAACUAAACGUCUUGAAACAGAGGAAACAACAUUAAUCUCUUCAUACAAGGAAGAUCUAAUAUUAAAUCACAAGACAGUUCCUUGUUCCCCUUUUUAGUAAAAGAGAAAAAUAUGCAAGUGUGUUACUGAGCAGAUUUCUCUGUUCAUUUGCACGCACUUAAGAAAAGUGCAUUUAAUUAGGAUUAGCAAGUCUCUAAAUUGCAGAUGGUUCUCAGGGGAAAAAAUAGUUAUGAGUGUGUUCAUGACAUUAAAAUCAGUACAUUUAAUUCAAUUUCAUCUUAAUAUUAAUUCAUAACAUCUAAAGUAGUAGCUCCUACAGAAGAUGUUCAUGUGAUUUUAGGAUUAGUAGAGAAAAUGAGAUCUAGCAUUUCCAAACAUGUAACAGCAUGAUUACUGUGUGUAAUUAUGCAGAUUGAGUAACUACAUGCCAAUUACGAGAGCACCCAUCUUGACAUGCACUGUUAUCUGUGACAAGGGCCUGUUCCAUGAAAUGUGGCUUUCUUAGUUAGGGGUUCAUUACCAAUAGAUAAUCUGAGUCCAAGACUGGGACGUAUAAAGUACUGCAGAAAUCAGUAGUUAAUAGGAACUGUUGGUGUGUAACUCCAGAGAGAGCUCUGAUGGCUUGGGGAUAGUAUUACAAAACAAGAUAUUUUGUCUCUAAUGCUUUUUAGACUGCCGUAUUGAUCUUGUUCUGAUCACAGACUCAAAAGUACAGCAUCUCUUCAUUUAAAGAGAGAAAUGUAAGCCUGUGGUAUCUUCCCUUACAACUUGUUCUCAGUUUUAUUACUGUACCUACUAUAAGCGAGCUGUAUCUUUAGGACAGGUACGUCAGCUUCACAUUUGUUCUGCAUGUGUUGGAUGUGAAAGCAAAGUAUCAUAUUUCUGCUUGGCCCAGAACUGAAGUAUGGAACCGGAAAAUCCUGGAUUUAGAUAAUACUGCUUCCUCUUAAGAUUUCCUCCCUCUGUUUCUGUGGAGGUUAUCUGUGGUUUGUAAUACUCAGUACUGUGACCCAGGCUUAGCUGGGUUCUGUGGCCUCGGAACUCUUCACAAGCCUUGAAACUGGUGAUGAAAUGUCUGCGGAGGCCCCAUCUCAAGCCAAAAGUCUGGGCCUGCUUUGGCAUGGAUGGUCAACUUUUUGCUCAAGAAGGAAGUUUUUACUGUGAUAAAAUUCUGGGCCUCUCCAAGGAGGAUGUACUUUCCAGGGCCUUCACUCUUCAAAAUCCCCAGCUCUUUAAUGUGUCAUCAGGGCUCAGUGCAAAUGAAUGAGUUAACUCCUUGCUCUUCUCUCAGUCUCAAAGCUGCAUCUCCCUUCCAUUAGAGGAAGAGGCCUUGCACCUUCUGUGAGAGGUGGAAAGGCUGUUGCCUUCACUCUGGGUGGGUUCUCCUAGAAAUAUUCAUUUUUACUCCACUGGCUUGUUCUUAUUAACAAUGGUAGGAGCUCUAGAAUGGACGAAGGGAUGGCUUUCAGCAGCAUUUUGACUAAUAGGUAACAUGAUGUGUAAAAGAGAAUCUUGUUUCCUCCUCAGGAGAGCUCAAUGUUUGAGCGUUAGAUGGCAGUGUUAGCAAAGAGGAGAUACUGAAAUGAGCUUAACGAGGAGAGCUCAGGCAGCAGACAGACAAACCAGCUACAAUAGAAGUGUUACAUAUCUUAAGGCCAAGCUUACUUUGGAUUCCUAAAUUAAUUAGCAGUUACACAAAAGUAGGUGGAAAUAAAACAAAUGGAGAUGCCCUGAAAAAUACCACGCACUCAGGAAGAUGCUGACCUAUUUAAAUAGUUCAUGUAGCACGAGUCUGUGUAACCUGCACACCUCACCAACGAGUGAGAUGAGCCAAAGAAAAGCUGCAGAUGUGCAAGUGUUGUCUCUGGCUUCCUCUUCUCACCCUAUCAAUAUUUAUUGAAAUGUGUUGCUACAGAGCAGAUCUAGAGCACAGUUUAGCUGCUGGCUACCAUUAUUUUUGACUGCUUUUAUAAUUAAAUGAUGCAUUUUAUAACACGGUACACAUCACUGAGACGUUUGUCUGGGUGAAUCUUUAAUAUAGAAAUAUUUUCAUGAGCAAAUCUGGUCUAAUAAUUGUGCAAUACUUUGGCAUUUAAAGCUAAUUUUACACAUAUGAAAUGUCUUCAUUCAUCCUCUAUGAAUGCAAUGACCUAAUGCAAUUACUAAUUUUUCAUCCUGUGAAUAAUCGCUUGCAAGGAACCUUGUGUGACUUCAUUCCUGUGACUGGAGAAGUGGUGGCAGGAGGAGCCUUACCUGCCUGGCCACAGGGCCUGGGCUGCCUGCUGUCCUGGCAGCUCUGGAAAACCAGGAGAUGGUUUUGGUGUGGCAAAAAGUGCCCUUCAAGUUGUAAAAAGAGUUUUCAUUUUGUCAUGAGUGAUGACAUUUCAGUUUAGAGUUCUGAUCUAUAUAUAUGCAUAUAUCUUUGCUCAAAAAGUUAAUUAAAAACAUUUCUAAAUAAAGCAAUUUUUAGCAAACUCAGUGACAUUUUAAUGUCAGAGUUGAGCAUAAAUUGUUCAGGAAAAUAGAAGGUCAGAGCAACUAAAUGAAAUUAGAAUUAAUUCAGAAUAACAUUUUCAAAGUCAGAUUUUUUUCCUCCUGUGUUCUUUCCAUAACUGCUCACAGAACUUCCAUGCAGUCCCAAAACAUUUCAGCCAGCAGAGAGAGUUACUUUCACGUCUGUUUUGCUUUCUGUUAAAUGAGGAGAAAUGGCUCUGCUCUUCGGUUGUCUUUAUUGUAUAAAUAACAUGUUUUCCAGCCUCAAUUUUUUGGUAAACAUUAGAGCAAAUCAUCCUCUAACUGAUCUAACUGAGGCACUGUCACAGUGCCCUUGUGCUGCUAAGGUUGUUUGCUUGCUCUGGGCCUCAAACAAAAGUGGACUCAAUAAGAUUUCAAGUUUCUUCACUUCUGUUUUUUUUGAUCUACAUUUAUUGCUGUGUUUAUGUUUACAUUUCUUUUCUCCCUUCCUCUGCAGCUGAUACUUGAAGUUAAAAGGUAAUUGAACUCAACGUUUCUAUUCAAAUUGGAUCUUGUAAAACUCUUUUAGCAGAAACUAAAUGUGGGGCUUGGACGUUUUGACAGAGUUUAUUUUCAGAUUGAAACAUUUCUUUCCCAACAAGAACUGUUGUUUUCCUAUUCAACUCCAAAAGCCUAUGCUGACCAUCUUUAAAGCAUUAGUACAAUUGUUUACAGAUGGACUUGUAUAUCAAACGUUGGCUUUUCCCUUUCCCUAACCCCACAGUCCUGCUGUUUGUCUGAGCUCAGGGGCUGCUUGUUUUCCUUAUUUACCCACAGUGAAUUCUGGGAUGAGUGUAUCCAGACCUAUCGAUAUUUCAUUAGUUACUGCAGAGAAACAAGCCAACGAACUUCUUCAGCACUUGUAAUGCUGUUCAGUUCUUGUUAACUAAAUGGAAGUACUUGAAUGUCCUGUUACAAAUAAGGCUUGGGUUGUGUUUUUUUUUAAAUAGCAAGUGAUUUUUGGCUCUGCAGUUAUAAAGCUCAGUUUUGGGACGCAGCAAUGAUUACACUGCACUGCUGAACUCGCACUGCAAAAGCCAGAUUCAGGAACUGGGUGAGUGCUUUGAAAAUGAAGAUCAGUGACAGUCAACCGCCCCAAAGUGCCGUGUCCUCUGCCCAUUAAAUCCUGCUCAUAACUCACCCUGUGUCACACAACCUGGGCUGGCUCAGGAAUGUGGACCAUCAGCAAUGGUUGUAGCACUGGAAGGGCUCUGGGCCUGGUGGCCCUGCUGGCGUGCACUGCUCAGUGCCUGGACUCCACUGCCAGCCCAUCUUUACACUAUAAAGCAAUCAGGAGGGGGAGAUGGGAUGAAAUUUAUUCCUGAAUUUUUGAAUAAUGGAAUAUACAUGUUGUACAUAAAAGGAUCACGAGCCACCUCACCUGAUUCUCCUAUGAAAACGUUUAACUUUUAUUAAAUCAAAACAGUUUUAAGGAGUGGCAGAAAUGAAAGCAAAAACAGCAACUGAAACAGCUUUCAAAGUUGCCCUGUAGCCAAAAGAGCCACCUGAGAAGCGGGAGGGUUGAGUUUGUUUGUUUGUUCUGUUGGAGUGUAUCACCAAUAAUUAAAAAAAGAUCCGAGUUCAAACCCUCAGAGUAACUCAGAGCUGUCUCUGUGCAUACAGAGCCCUGCCCUGCUCAGGGGAUACAGCCCUCAGGAUGGACAAGGUCUGGCCCCUGGUUGCCCAUGGGCUCACCCUGCAGCCAGGUGCCGUGCAGGAGCUGGGGCACAUUCCAGCAGGGCUGUGCGCCGUGCAGGUGAGACUCCCCUCAGGCAAGGAGUUGGCCCCAAACCUAUCAAAGAUGCCUAAAGCAUUAACUGUGCUACUUGGGAAAGCAAGUGGCAGAGGACCCUGAGUGCUGGAGUUAAGUCAGAAAGGCGAGACAAAGCCCCGGGGAGCGGUCUGCAGGGAACAAACCUGUAUUGGCAGACAGCAAGAUAAAUUGGAUGAUCUAAUAGUCCUUUUCCAUCUCUAAGUUUUAUGAUUCAUUUGUUAUUUUAGCCAUCUAUAUAUAUUUUUUAUUUUACCCUAGAGGGGGUUCUUGAGAUGUGUGCAAUAUAUUCCUUUAAAAAAAUAAAAAUCACUUAAAACAACAACAACCCAUACUGCAGAAUCUGAGGCGCUGGCUCCUAACUGCACUUGCUAAUGACUGACCCAGAGUGCAGGAGUGGGAGAGCGGCCCUCGUCCUUUGGUCCCUGGGUGCAGGGUGGGCCUUGGGGCUGCGGAUGGAACGUGGUGGGGCAGCAGUAUUUGGCUCUGAGCGCUGGGCAGGAAGGGAAGGACGGUGCUGGCUGGAUAUCCCCGAGCAGAGCUUGGGAACAGGAGCGGUGCCCGGGGCUCUGCGCUGCCUCCGCACAGCUGGCUCCAGGUCGUCUCCUGUUUUAUCACCCCAAGGAGGAGCGAUGGCAAUUACAUGCAGCCAACAGGUGAUACUGUGCCCAUCAAAAUUUAAUGCGUGCGAGUCUCGGGAAUCUCUGCCGCGGCUGGCCUGGCCUCAUCUGCAGUAAAUAACCAGAGAUGGCUCGUGCGGCAUCGGCGCGAGCUGCUGAGCUCCGGCGUGAGGCAUCGCCCGCGUCAGAGGGAGCGUUACGGGGAGCAAGGGAGUGCUUAGGGAAACUAAGUGUUAAACAGAGCCAUCCGUCUGAGGUGGAGCAGUUGAGAGAAGGGUAUUUGGUAUCUCAAUCAUGCCUGCUUUAUGGCUAGCGAGCCCUGGAUUUGUGUGACAGCGGCCCAAUGCCUCGCUGUAGAUUACAUCAUAAAUAACCCAGGCAUGGAGUGGUCAGAGGAGCCAGAUGAGGGAAGGAGAAGGAUGUGCAGAAACAAACUCGGGAUGGUGUCGCUAGAUUUUCUUUUUUUUUUUCUUUCUUAUUUAAGAUUAUUAUCUAAGGGAAGGGAGACUGCUCUGAACCAUUUGUGAGUUUCACUAAAGCGGGCACAUUCCUGUGGUUUUCACUCCCACUGCCUCUCCAGGUCAGUCCUUUUCUUCUCCGCACAGAAAGAAAGGAGGGGGGAAAGAAAGAGAGAAAAGAAAAACCCACACAAAAAUCAAUCCAUCAAAUGUCAUUACAGAUUUAUUAAGCCUGAUGUAGAAAGACUUUUAACAGUAACAUCUUCAGAAAGCAUAAAAAGAGCACUUCUGUUCAGUCUUGUGCUUUGAAAAUCUAAAUAUAUUUUUAUCAUAUAAAUAAUUCUUUUCAUGUUUUAAGUGCAUCUGUUUUUUUCCUUUUCAAAUUUCCAUUUUACAAUUGGCCAAAACUGAAGUCUGCAUCGACUGAAAUGAAGCCAUUUGCAAAGCUAAUGAUGUUGUGAAGCAUGUCUAUGGUGAACCGUAUCAGCUAGAUUUCAGAAAGGUAGUUCAAUGAGUGCAGCAUUAAAAUGAGGGACAGCCUCCAGCAAAAUCAUAAUUGAACACACCCAAGUCCUUAAUGUCUGCAGUUGGGUUUCCUGAUGCAAAUUAUGAUAACAUUUCAGAUGUGAGCAGUCGCUUUCCAAUAGCUGCAGUGGAAAAGAGACAUUUUAUGCCACAAAGGAAAGAAUUACCAUGUUUAAAAAUGUAAAUAAUAUAUGUAUAGAAACCUUUUUUAUGGAAAUGAGGCAUUCAGGAUUAUGUGAACAGUUUGGGCUAUUUUUUUUUUUUUCCUUUUAAACACAACAGAUAAAGAUGUGUGAUCUAUUAUUCAGGGCUUUAAUUACAGUUCUAAAACUGCAGUGAUUUUAUUUAAAAAAAUAAAAAUAAAAAUCCCUGGGCAUAAAAAGUAAUGUUUUCUGUGGUAAAGUUGAGGGAUUUUUUUUUUUUAACAACCAUUUGCCACGAUAAAAAUACAGGACACGAAAUCACUACUGGGAGAUUUCGGUGCUUUGGAAUCAUCCACAGAAAUACUUCUUACAAGUGCUGGAAUCCAGGCGUCCUGCACAUCAGCAAAGGCCUUCGAUAAAUAGGUUUGACCUGAUUUAAAUUUAAUGAGAUACGUAGUCCUGAUUGUUAAUAAUUGGUUUGGGGGAACCCAAAACAAUAAAAGCGGUAAUCUCCUCUAGUAUAAAUUAUACAAAUUUAUCGAGCAAUCAACCGAAUAUAUAUAUAUAUAUUAAA